AUGGCAAGAACUAAGCAGACCGCUCGUAAAUCCACCGGAGGCAAAGCUCCCAGGAAGCAGCUGGCCACCAAGGCUGCUCGUAAGAGCGCCCCGGCCACCGGCGGCGUCAAGAAGCCUCACCGUUACAGGCCCGGUACCGUGGCUCUCCGUGAGAUCCGUCGUUACCAGAAAUCCACCGAGCUGCUGAUCCGUAAGCUGCCCUUCCAGCGCCUGGUCCGUGAAAUCGCUCAGGAUUUCAAGACCGACCUGCGCUUC